AGCAAAUGAAUGAAGAGAGAGAACAUAUAAUAAAACCCUAAUCCAAAUGGGAAGGUGAGAACAACUGAGAGAAGAAGAGGGAAAUUGAAGGGAAGAGAAUCUUGAAAUAUUAAUAUAAAAACACAGAAAGAGAAAGAGAGUGUGUGCUUCCUUUGCUUUCAUUUGAGGAAAGAAAAAAGAAAUUGGAAAAAAAAAAAAAGGAAGGAAGAUUGAGAAAUCAGUAAUUAAAAUGAAAGUAGGCAACCGGGGAAAGAUGGUUGCAAUAGUAGAAGAAGAUGAAGUGCAGAAGAAGAACAGAAGAGACUUAGAGAUGCGUGCAAAGUCCGGAAGAAAGGGAACCUUCUCCGUACUCCUCCUUUUCCUCCUUUUGAUCCUCAUUUUGCCCCGUAUUUAAUCCCCUUUUAACUCUUUUCUUCACUUCUUUACUAUUUUCUUUCUGCGUGGUAUGCUUCAAUCGAUCUGCGGAUGCAUUCUUGAUGAAUCUGGGAUUGGCUAGAUUUUAGGGGUUUCUUGUAAUUUUCUUUUGUUUUUCAACUCCGUUUCUGUGUUGACUGUUGUUGUUCUUGUCAUUGGAUAAUCUUGUUGUUUUAUUGUUAUAGAUUUUGGUGUAUAUAGUGCUAGAUUUGUGUUGUCAUUUGAAUCUAUUUUUAGUUGUGGGGGUUUCUUCCUUGAAUAUAUUUUGCGAUUCUUGGAGGAUUUUCUUUCCCUUUCUUACAUCAAAUCUCAUCGAUACACUAAACCCAAAAAGAAAAAAAAAAAUACAGCACAGCCUCUGAUCGCCCACCACCAUUUUUAUUGUGGUUUCCCAUUUUACCAAUCUUUUUUUCCCUUUUCGCUAUACCGGAUUAUCUGAUCAUUUUGUCAACUCUUGUUGUUGGAUUUUGCUGUUUCUAUUCUGUCCUUCUGUACUCAAUUUACAAGAAGAAGAAGUUGGUGCUUAUAUUGGGUUCCAAUUCUUGUUGGGCUUUUUGCAUUAUAUGGGAAUACCUGAUACUUCACUAACAGAUCUACUACACAAGGUUAAGUCUUGGAUUUCGUGGGGGGCAAGUGAUCUAUCAUCAUCUUCUUUAUCUGGUAAAUUUCAGAUGCACAAUAAUAACAGUCUCAAUAUGUGUUGCGAGUGUAAUACAAACUUCACUGGGCUUUACAAUGGAUACCAGUGUCAAAGUUGCGGUAGGUGGUUGUGUGUUAAAUGUGCUGGGGGAUAUGGCGAUUACAAGGACAGUAUCAAGUCCUGCAAGCUAUGUGUUGGGUUUCGGGUGAAACCUCAAGGUGGGAGGAAGAAAAGUGAAAAAGUGCAUCCAUCAGAGUUUUCCCAAGGGAGCCCCGAGCAGUCAUCUCCUUCUUCUACUGGUGAAUCGAUCCGACGUGAUCACCUUGCCCACUAUCUAGAAUCCCGGGAUUGUGGAUAUUCUCCCCUUGCAGUAACCAGCAGGGGUAUGAUCUCAUUUAGUGUUCAAUCAUCUCUGAUGUCUGAUCGUCACUCUCCAAGCAGGAGUGAUGAAGAAGAGGCAGAGGAUUCAGGGAAGGACUUUUACAUCCCAUCAAGUGAAUAUUAUCAUUAUGUUUCGGAUAAUGAUUCAAGUAGUGUUAGUGCUAGACUUGAGUUUUACAAUUGUAAAUCAGUGGGAUCAAGCCCUUUAGACAGCCCUUCUAGGAUUGAUUUUACUUCCUGUAGAGUCGGGCAACCUGUACAGCGGGAACAAGAGGGAAGCUCAUUAUCUCAAGGUGAUGGUCCCUUUGAUCAAGAAUCUGUGGCUAUUUUAAGCAGGCCUGACAAAGGGACUGGGGAUCCAGAAAAUAAUGAUGAUUGCUCAGAUGAUGUGUCAGUGUUGCAGAAAUUGGACAAGUCUCAAAAACCAUUGGAUUUUGAAAGUAAUGGUGGUUGUAUCUGGUUUCCUCCACCUCCCGAAAAUGAAGAUGAAGAGGCAGAUAGUAAUUUCUUUACAUAUGAUGAUGAUGAUGAUGAUAUUGGGGACUCAGGUGCAUUGUUCUCAUCUACUGGUAGUCUCUCAAGUAUGUUUCCAUCAAAGGAGAAACAGAAUGAGGGUAACAAGGAGCCUCUCAGAGCUGUGAUACAGGGGCAUUUUCGGGCUCUUGUAUCCCAGCUUCUACAUGGGGGGGGUAUCAAAGUCAGCAAAGAAGAUGGUAGUAAAGACUGGCUUGACAUAGUUACAACAAUAGCAUGGCAAGCCGCAAGUUUUGUGAAACCAGAUACUAGCAGAGGAGGCAGUAUGGAUCCUGUUAAUUAUGUAAAGAUUAAAUGUAUAGCUUCAGGAAGUCCAAGUGAUAGCACCCUUGUGAAGGGAGUAGUUUGUACAAAAAAUAUAAAGCAUAAGCGCAUGACUACACAAUACAAAAAUCCCAGAUUACUUCUUUUAGGAGGAGCACUCGAAUAUCAGAGUGUUGUGAAUCAAUUGGCAUCCUUUAAUACAUUAGUGCAACAGGAAAAUGAUCAUCUUAAGAUGAUUAUGUCAAAGAUAGAGGCUCUUCGCCCAAAUGUUCUGCUAGUAGAGAAGAGUGUAUCUCCAUAUGCCCAAGAAUACCUACUGGCAAAGGAAAUUUCUUUGGUGCUCAAUGUGAAAAGGCCACUACUGGAGAGGAUAGCUCGGUGCACAGGUGCUUUUAUUAAUCUGUCAAUUGACAAUAUUUCUACAGCACGAUUGGGGCACUGCGAACUGUUCCGACUAGAGAGGGUAUCUGAAGAACAUGAGACUGCAAAUCAGUUCAACAAAAAGCCUUCUAAAACAUUGAUGUUUUUUGAAGGAUGUCCAAGGCGUCUAGGAUGCACGGUCCUGCUGAGAGGUGCAUGUCGUGAAGAACUAAAGAAGGUUAAGGAUGUUGUUCAAUUUGCAGUUUUUGCAGCCUAUCAUUUGUCCCUUGAGACUUCCUUCCUUGCUGACGAGGGUGCAUCUCUUCCUAAGAUGACACUUAAACACUCGGUUGCUAUACCAGAGAGGACAGCAGCUGAUAAUGCCAUUUCACUUAUCCCUCUGACUGAUUGCCAUGCCAGUGCUGGUACCUCUGCCCAAGAUGAGGGACCUCUGGGUCUCAUGCCAGAACGUGUAGAAUCAGAAUCAUUAAUACACCUUGAUAGUAGCAAUAUUCCUUCUUUGUUUCUUGGUUCUGAGGAUUGUAGGUUUGAGAAUGCACUCUCUGGUGCAUGCAAUGAUAAUCCAGAGUCUAAUGUGGGAUUGGACUCAUUUGCCAUAAGUGAAUUUGAGGAUCAGAAGACACUUAUGGUGCCUUCUUCAGGUAUUAAAAACCUUUCUCAGCCAGAGUUGAAAGAUAUCAUUGCUCAAGAGGAAGUGCAGCCUAUGGAGACUCAUGAAUCAGCAAAACCCGAGAAGAUUGAUGAAGGUGGAGUCUCCAGUGAAUACUUCUCAGCCACUGACACAAACCAGAGCAUACUAGUGUCUUUUUCAAGCCGCUGUGUACUGAAAGGAACUGUAUGUGAGCGUUCUCGACUCUUGCGCAUAAAGUUCUAUGGUUCUUUUGAUAAGCCACUUGGAAGAUAUCUGCGUGAUGACCUGUUUGAUCAGACAUCCUACUGUAGAUCUUGUAAGGAGCUAGCUGAAGCCCAUGUGCUAUGCUACACGCACCAGCAGGGAAAUCUUACAAUCAAUGUUAGAUCCCUUUCCUCUGUCAAGCUACCUGGGGAAAGGGAUGGUAAGAUAUGGAUGUGGCACCGGUGCCUAAAAUGUGCUCAUAUAGAUGGAGUCCCACCAGCAACUCGUAGGGUGGUUAUGUCAGAUGCUGCUUGGGGACUUUCUUUUGGGAAGUUUCUGGAAUUGAGCUUUUCAAACCAUGCAACUGCUAAUCGUGUGGCUCCCUGUGGUCAUUCAUUGCAGAGAGACUGCCUUCGGUUCUAUGGGUUUGGAAGCAUGGUUGCAUUCUUCCGCUAUUCCCCCAUUGAUAUUCUUAAUGUUCAUUUGCCCCCAUCAGUGCUUGAAUUCAGUGGCCAUGUUCAGCAAGAGUGGAUAAGAAAAGAGGCAGCUGAGCUUUUGGGUGUCGUGGAGGCCUUCUAUGCAGAGAUAUCUGAUGCACUUGACACAAUGGAAAAUAAGAGUAAGAAUUUUGGGAGUAAGCUGUCAGAUACAAAUGAGUUAAGGAAUCACAUCAUGGAGCUGAAAGAUCAACUCAGAAAGGAAAGAAAUGAUUACACUGCGAUGCUACAAGUGAUUGUCAUGGAGGACUCACAACUGGGUCAGACAAGUUUAGACAUUCUAGAACUUAAUCGCUUGAGACGUGCUCUUCUAAUUGGUUCACAUGUUUGGGAUCGUCAGCUUUAUUCACUAGAUUCUCUCCUAAAGACAAAUUCUGUUGUCAAGGCUAUACAUGGGGAAAAAUCCAAUACACAGCUGAAAGAAUCAAGGGAUGAUAUAUCUUGCGAGGAUUGUAACGAUGGUCAUCUAGAAAAUGUCUCCAGCUAUUCAAAACCACUAGAUUCUGUUGGGAAUGACCUACUGUCCGAGCAGAAUAAGAAUACACUAUCCUUUCAAUCUUCUCUUGAUGAAGAUUCUAUGUUGCCUUUAUAUCAUCAUAAUAACAGAGAGGAGGAAGUACAUUCAGAUGGGGAAAUUAACACAUUCUUUCAUGAUGACCCAUCUGACGCUUCCAAUCUGUCUGACAGAAUUGAUUCUGCAUGGACAGGUACUGAUCAACUCCUGACAAAAGUUCAAGCUCCGCAUGUGCCUCAGACAGAUGGAUUUCAAGUUGGGUCUGUUAAACAGAUAACUAUUUGUGAUAAACCUCCUUUCAGAAGGAUGCUGGCACCAGUAAGAUUUAAUUCUUUUGACUCUGCAUUAAGAGUCCAAGAAAGAAUCCGGAAAGGAUUGCCUCCUUCUUCAUUGUAUUUGUCAACUCUUAAAUCAUUCCAUGCAUCUGGAGAUUACAGGAGUAUGGUGAGAGAUCCCGUUUCAAAUGCAAUGAGGACUUGCUCCCAAACAUUGCCAUUGGAGGCACAGAAAUUGAAUUUAAUGCCCAGUUCUGCACCCACAUUUAUCUCCACUGCAUCUCAUAUGGCUGCAGGAGCUCGGUUGUUGCUUCCUCAGCGGAGCCACAAUGACAUUGUUAUAGGUGUCUAUGAUGACGAUCCUGCCAGCAUAGUGUCACAUGCCCUUAUUUCCAAAGAAUAUGAGGAUUGGGUUGCUGAUAAGUCAAAUGAAAAUGAAAGAAGCUGGAGUAUGAAUGAUCAUUGCAAGGAAGAUUCUGCGACUUCCACAUUUUCAGCCUGGCAGUCUUUUGGCUCUGUGGACUUGGAUUAUAUGCGUCGUGGAAGUUACGGGUCUGAAGAUCCUUCAUCAUCUAUUGGCACACUCUUUGCGGAUUCCAAAAAAUCUCCACAUUUAACAAUAUCUUAUGGUGAUGAUUCUUCAACUGCUGGAGGGAAAGUUAAAUUUUCUGUGACUUGUUAUUUUGCUAAGCAGUUUGACUCUCUCCGGAAGAAAUGCUGCCCUAGUGAAGUUGAUUUUGUACGUUCCUUGAGUCGCUGCCAGAGAUGGAGCGCUCAAGGUGGAAAAAGCAAUGUAUAUUUUGCCAAGUCGCUGGAUGAGAGAUUCAUUAUAAAACAGGUUAAAAAGACUGAGCUGGACUCUUUUGAGGAAUUUGCAUCAGAAUACUUCAAAUACUUGACUGAUUCUCUGACCUCAGGAAGUCCAACUUGCCUUGCAAAAAUUCUUGGUAUUUAUCAGGUUACUGUAAGGCACUUGAAAGGUGGCAAGGAAAUGAAAAUGGAUCUAAUGGUGAUGGAAAAUCUAUUUUUCAGGAGAAGUAUUUCAAGGGUCUAUGAUCUUAAGGGUUCUGCUCGAUCACGCUAUAUUCCAGAUACCUCUGGGAAGAACAAAGUAUUGUUAGACAUGAAUCUGGUAGAAAAACUGCAUACGGAACCUAUAUUUCUUGGAAGCAAGGCGAAGAGAAGCCUGGAGAGAGCAAUAUGGAAUGAUACAUCUUUUUUGGCAUCUGUUGAUGUUAUGGAUUACUCUUUGCUGGUUGGAGUGGACAAUGAGAGAAAGGAGCUGGUUUUAGGUAUCAUUGAUUUCAUGAGACAAUAUACUUGGGACAAGCACUUAGAGACAUGGGUUAAGGCCUCUGGAAUUCUUGGUGGUCCAAAAAAUGCUUCCCCAACGGUUAUUUCUCCAAAACAAUACAAGAAAAGAUUCCGAAAAGCAAUGACUUCGUAUUUUCUCACAGUUCCUGAUCAAUGGUCUUCAUGAACCAAAUCAUUGUAAUUCUUUCCAUUCAAAAAUGAUUUGAUCAUUAAUAAGGCAAUAGUGUUGAUAGCUAUAGAGAUAAAAGUGGGAAGGAAUGCCAGUCCAUCUCUGUAAAAAUUCCCUCCAUUUUGGUGAAAUAUGGUGUGUGGGCAAAAUAGCCUGAACAGGAAGGGAUUAUGGAGGAGGGAAUGGAAAAAUUCCUUGUUGAGGCCUUUGUACAUCUUUUUUGAUGCAUGUGCAAGAGUCACCUCAAUGAAAGCUUCUUUAAUUUUAUGUUA